CAAGUCUUGAGAAUCAGUCAGUGUUUCGAACGAAAGAGAUCAGUGAAGAGUCUUAGGUGUGACUUUGUGAAGAGUUAAUAGAAAAAAGUGCUAAAAAAAUGUCUCGAUUCUCACCGUGGUUCUAUGAUUUUGACGAUUUCUACGACAACUGGUCAUCUAGGUGGUCUGAUCCCAAUUUUGGAAUUAGUUUCCAUCCCAGGGAAUUGAGGUCAGCCAGAACACUGCCCCGGCUUUUGAGGACUCCUUCUGGAUAUACACGCAAUUGGUCUCUGUCCACGACCAGUGACCGCAAGGAUGAAGCUGCCAAGCAGCCUGUCCUGAAUGAGAAGGAUGGAUUCCAGGUUUGCCUGGAUGUGCAGCACUUCAGCCCCAAUGAGAUCACCGUGAAGACCGUUGAUAACUACAUUGUGGUGGAGGGAAAGCAUGAGGAGCGUGAAGAUGAUCAUGGACUCGUGUCCAGGCAAUUUGUCCGGCGCUAUGCUCUUCCCAAGGGCUUCAACAUGAACGAUGUGGUGUCCACUCUCUCCUCAGACGGUGUUCUCACCAUCAAGGCGCCUCCAGUGAACAAAUCCGUGGAGAACAAGGAGAAAGUCAUCCAGAUCCAAAUCACAGGUCCUGCCCAUCUAACAGUGAAGGAUGAGACCAAGACAGAGGAUAAGCCCGAGAAGGCUGAAUGCUAAAUCUCACACCAAGAACUCCCACUAUUUUUGUACAAUUUCAACUAUUUUCAUACAUCUCAUGUUAAUUAAAAAAAAAGUAAAAGGAAUCUUCACAACUUUUUGUACUAAUUCAUGGAGAGAAGAAUAUAAAGAUAAAUUUUUCCACUUUUCA